AUGACUGAGGCGUUGUCAGCCCUCAACCGUUCCGACUUUGAUCAGAACCCUUUCUUUGCCCAGGCCUGGCCUGAGGCCAGAGCCAAGUGGCAGAGUCUGGGGUCCCCUGUGUCCCCUCUGUCGUCCCCAGCCCAGGCUGUCGCCCUCAUGGCCUACACGAUGAAUGAUCUGUACAAGAAAUUCAACGCAGCCGUGCGUGUGGCCGGGCGCUCCCGCCAGGAAUACCAGGACAAGUUCCACUUCAAAACACUGCAUUUCCUGCUGACCCAGGCCCUGAAGACACUGAGGGUCACUCAAGGACCACAGUGUCACAACGUGUACCGGGGGGUGCAUGGGGUCAGGUUCAAGGCAGAGCCCGGUGACAUUGUCCGAUUCGGUCAAUUCACAUCGGCGUCACAGAGUCAAGAAACCUCCCAGCAAUUCGGGAUGGACACGAGGUUCCAGGUGCACACGUGCUACGGUGCAGAAAUCCGGGAAUUCUCCAACUAUCCUGGUGAGAAGGAAGUGCUGAUCCCACCCUUUGAGACCUUCAAGGUCGUCGAAGUCAGCCAGGAAGGGGACAGUGCAUGGAUCCAGCUCUGGUCCAACGGGACCUUCAGCAAAUACAACUGCGAGUGGCUGCAAG